GUACUGGCUGUUAUUACCCUGUGCCAGGCACUGGGGAUACCACAGGCAGAAGACCGGGCCCUGGUCUCAGAGAACUGGGCAUGGGAGGGGAGACGAACCUGUGAACCCACAAUUACAACCCAGGGUGUUAGGGGAGCCAGCUUAAAAUGGAUAAGUAGUGGCACGUGGAAGAAGGCUUGUGCCCGGCCCGUACUAGGAAUGCAGUAAGUCUUUACUGAACAAAUGAAAGAACAGAUAGUUUGUAGGUGGAUCAGCCCCCUCUCUGUCCUUAGCUUUCUUCCAGCAGAUAAUUAAGGCACUCUCUUAAAUUCAGGACUAAGGACAGCAAGGCUGAUCUUGACACUGUCCCCUUUCUCACUCCCAAUGGCCAUCCCCGCUGAGAAACGGGAGUUUUAGGUCAGAAUCAAGAUGAGCAUCCCCUAUAGGGAGAAAGCAUUGGCACAAGUGUCUUUAGUCUUGUUUCGACCCCUUGACUUCGGAUGUACCAGUGUGUAUGUGUGCUUGAGCGUGUUCCGAGGGAGCAGAUUCCAUCCGUUUCUCAAGAGUCUAGGACCCGAGAAUGGUCAAGAACACCGACUUAGCAGUGGAUGUUCCCUGAAAGGAAUGAACGUGGCGGAGUUGUUCCUUUAAUGCUCCAUGUCACCACUCGCCAGAUUUUCACUACUAGAGGAAGUGUGUUUGCACAUUGCUGUGCAAGAGUAGUGUUUGGUUUUGUUUUAGAGUAUUUGUCUUAUUUUCCCCACCAAACUGCCCAAUGGCACUGUGCCCACGGUGUGUAGUCGCUGUGGUUCAGGGCUCUGUGUGUGGUGGCUGUGCAGUUACUGUCAUUACUUUAGCUGACUUCAGUGGUGUGUGUAAGGAGAACAGCCCAAAGGCAGGCCCACAUGAGACAUCCUUUGUUCUGAGUUGGACAUAAAUUCGUGCCCUUACUGAAUUUGGGUCUGGCUACUUUGGGAACUCAGCCACUGUCUAGUUCUAAUCCAUGACAUGGUCUUUUUGGAGUAACACGAACUCAGGAGGAAUCUGGCUGCUUUGCCAAGCCCUCACCCCUGCCAUCUUGCACACAGACUGUUCUAAGUAACAGGAGAUGUUCCAGGCGGGGCCAGGCUGAGCAAUUCCUUCUUCAGAGAGUGAUCCAGUAACACUGAAUGUCUGUUGGCCUUCUCUGCACCAACCCCUGCAGUCUCUGGCCCCUGAGUCCCCCUCCUUCCAUCUGCCUGCCUUCGACAGCUAGAGCCUCAGCCCUCCCUCUUGCCUGGAAGCCUUUCCUCCGCCCCCUUGCGCCGCCCCCAGCUCGAGGCUCUUCCUUUGUCGCAGCUCCGCCCAGUCGGGACACACUCGCUGGGGAAGUUUCUUCUUUCUUCCCCACUCACUCUGGGGUCUAAGCUGGCGGAGAUGGACCAUCCAAAACCCAAGGUCCUCCUAGCCAGGCACUGCUGCCCCUCCCUAGGAAUGUGGGCCUCAGAGGCCGGCAGUGUGAGGUUCUCUGUGCCGCCCUCCAUCAGCAGGAACCGGGCCAUGGUGAACGAACCCAGAGGGAAUGGUGGCCCCAUCCCCCGCUCGGAUGGCAGCAGCAGUGGCAGCGAGAGCUCCAGAGAUAGUUCAAGAUGUUCCACCCCGGGGCUGGACCCCGAGCGGCACGAGAGACUCAGGGAGAAGAUGAGGCGGAGGAUGGAGUCUGGUGACAAGUGGUUCUCCCUAGAAUUCUUCCCUCCUCGGACUGCCCAGGGAGCUGUCAAUCUCAUCUCAAGGUUUGACCAGAUGGGGGCUGGUGGCCCCCUCUUCAUAGAUGUGACCUGGCACCCAGCAGGGGACCCCGGCUCGGACAAGGAGACCUCCUCUAUGAUGAUUGCCAGCACUGCUGUGAACUACUGUGGCCUGGAGACCGUCCUGCACAUGACCUGCUGCCGCCAGAGCCGGGAAGAGAUCACUGGCUAUCUGCACAAGGCCAAGCGGCUGGGCCUGAAGAACAUCUUGGCGUUGAGGGGAGACCCUGUAGGUGACCAGUGGGAAGAGGAGGAAGGUGGCUUCAGCUAUGCUGCAGACUUGGUGAAGCAUAUCCGGAGCGAGUUCGGUGACUACUUUGACGUCUGCGUGGCAGGUUACCCCAAAGGCCACCCUGACUCGGGGAGCCUUGAGGCCGACCUGAAGUACUUGAAGGAGAAGGUGUCUGCAGGAGCCGACUUCAUCAUCACUCAGCUUUUCUUUGAGGCUGACACGUUCUUCCACUUUGUUAAGGCUUGCUCCGAGAUAGGCAUUACCUGCCCCAUCCUCCCCGGCAUCUUUCCUAUUCAGGGCUACCACUCCCUUCGGCAGCUGGUGAAGCUGUCGAAGCUGGAAGUGCCGCAGGAGAUCAAAGACGUGAUCGAGCCAAUCAAAGACAACGACGGCGCCAUCCGCAACUAUGGCAUCGACCAGGCCGUGAGCCUGUGCCAGCAGCUGCUGGCAAGUGGCUUGGUGCCAGGCCUCCACUUCUAUACCCUCAACCGUGAGGUGGCCACCACAGAGGUGCUGAAGCGCCUGGGCAUGUGGGUCGAGGACCCCAGGCGCCCCCUGCCCUGGGCUCUCAGUGCCCACCCCAAGCGCCGGGAGGAAGAUGUCCGUCCCAUCUUCUGGGCCACCAGACCCAAGAGUUACAUCUACCGCACCCAGGAGUGGGAUGAGUUCCCCAACGGCCGCUGGGGCAAUUCCUCCUCGCCCGCCUUCGGGGAGCUGAAGGACUACUACCUCUUCUACCUGAAGAGCAAGUCCCCGAAGGAGGAGCUGCUGAAGAUGUGGGGGGAGGAGCUGACCAGCGAGGAGAGCGUCUUUGAAGUCUUUGCCCACUACCUCUCGGGAGAGCCCAACCAGAACGGCUAUAAAGUGACUUGCCUGCCCUGGAAUGAUGAGCCCUUGGCUGCCGAGACGAGCCUGAUGAAGGAGGAGCUGCUGCGAGUGAACCGGCAGGGCAUCCUCACCAUCAACUCCCAGCCCAACAUCAAUGGGAAGCCGUCCUCCGACCCCAUCGUGGGCUGGGGCCCCAGCGGGGGUUAUGUCUUCCAGAAGGCCUACUUAGAGUUCUUCACUUCCCGCGAGACAGUGGAAGCGCUGCUGCAGGUGCUGAAGAAGUAUGAGCUCCGGGUCAACUACCACAUCGUGGACGUGAAGGGUGAAAACAUCACCAAUGCUCCUGAGCUGCAGCCCAACGCCGUCACUUGGGGCAUCUUCCCUGGGCGAGAGAUCAUCCAGCCCACGGUGGUGGAUCCCAUCAGCUUCAUGUUCUGGAAGGAUGAGGCCUUCGCCCUGUGGAUUGAGCAGUGGGGCAAGCUGUAUGAGGAGGAGUCCCCGUCCCGCAUGAUCAUCCAGUACAUCCACGACAACUACUUCCUGGUCAACCUGGUGGACAAUGACUUUCCGCUGGACAACUGCCUGUGGCAGGUGGUAGAAGACACAUUUGAGCUUCUCAACAGGCCCGCCCCGAAUGAGAGGGAGAUGGAGGCUCCGUGACCCUGCACUGACACCCUUGGCUUGAGGCCACCUGUGCCGCCUCCGUCCUCCCCAGUCCUGGUUCUCCUGAGGACUCCUAUUCUCCUUCGUUUCUCCCCAAGCCCUGGCCUCCACUCCCCCACAUCAUGAUGGCAGCUAGACUGGAGUGAGGCUUUUGGGCUCUGGCUGGACCUGAGUCAGCCCCAUGUGGAGCCCCAUGUUCCCUGCUCAUCCCAGAGCUUGUGCUCUUUUGUGGGGAGCACCUCCAUCCUGCAGAGGAGCACGGUGGGCGGAGUGCCAUCCUCCUUGAGAGGGGAGGAGACCGGUUGUUAGAUGAGCCCUUCUGCCAGGGCAGCCCCUAGGACCGGCCUGGGACUGCAGUGACCUUGCACUUGGGGUCUGCGGAGGACAGGCAGAGCCAACAUGGGCAGCAGGCACCGUGGUUUUGCAGAAGAAACAUGGCAAAGCGAAGGUGCCGCCCUCUUCUGCAUCCAAGACGUUGGUGGCUGGACACUGCCUCCCUGUGACCGAGGGACAGACCCCUGCCCUGCCUGCCUGCCGCCUUCACGGCCCCAGUCCUGCCCGGCGUCGGGCUGACCCCGGCUAAUGCAUUUCUUGCUCAGCUGGGUUUCCCCUUUCUGCAGUGCUGCUGCUUGGAAGUGUCAUGUCUGUAUCCUGGAGGCUCGAGAGAGUGCCCCUCAAGGGUUACAGGCAUCUGAAGCCCUGUGCUUGGUGGAGCGAG